UUGUGCAGCUUUUUUGUAGUCGCGAUAUCGUUUGAGCAUAGGGGCACAGAUUCCGUCACGCUGGAACUUGAUGCAAGUUAUUCUGGCGUAUCGAGUCCAAGCUCCGAUUUUUUCCUGCAUCGCACUUAUCCUCGAGCUCGUCGUAUUCGACCAUGUUUGUUUAGAAGGCCUGGCGAGUUUCCAGGUCGGUAUCAUAUUUCCGAUGUUGGUAUCAGCGAAAGGUCUAAUUCUCACGCUCAUCCGAUGAUCCGCCGCUGAGACUUUUGUGCUGCCGCAGCUUCCUCAGUGAAGUCGAGCGGUUUGCUGCAUGUAUACGUGAGGGGUGACCUUUACCAGCAAAUGAGGGCGAUUGCUAACUCUGUUGUUAUCGCGCGCAUUCUGAAUGCGUCACUUGUUGUGCCGAUUAUUCAAGCAAAGACCUCAUCGCACGAGGAGAUGAGGUAAGUCCGACUUACGUUCGUUUUCGCAUUGUCGAUUGUGUUUCGUGGUUGUCAUCCUGCCUUCACAUGCAGCCAAUUUGGAGACAUUUUCUCAGAGGACCAUUUCAUCGAAACGCUAAAGGAUGACGUUCACAUCGUCAGGUAUGAUAUACAGCAUUCACGUUUCCAGCGUUUUUCUACUCAACGUUAUCAUGUCUUGAGGAACACCUUAGAGCAGACAAUCGAAUGCUACACUGGAGUCUAAUACUUUACCGGGGUAUCCACACGCUCCACCUGAUCACCAUACGCUAACUUUGGACUGGUACCUUGACAACGUGGGCCCAAUUCUUCGGGAGGAGGGAGUGGCUGUGCUGGACCCCUACCUACUUUUUCUGUCCCGUGAUCUGCCAGAAGUAUAUCAGCGCCUGCGGUGUCGAGCACUCUACCACGCCCUCCUAUUCACCAGCGAGAUUCUGGGUCUCGGGUUGAAUGCUGUGGAGAGGCUCCAUGCCGAGGGUCCUUACGUUGCACUCCACCUGAGCUUUCAAGAUAGGAACGUCUUGAGAUCAAGUUGUGUGUAUGAUUCCGAGACGGCACGGAUGGUUCAAGAAUGGUUUGCAACCCAUCACAUGAGAAUGCAAAGUGAUUCUGGUGCAGCCAGUCAGCAGAAGUUGGCAGGACUCUGUCCGUUAUCACCAAACGAGGUCACACGCAUUCUUCAGGCAUGCUAAGCAUGAGUUCUCCAUCCUUCUUCAAUGUCUAGCUUCGUUCUGUUCAUACAUACACCCACCUUGACUUCCGCUUUCCUUGCUUCAGGCAAUAGACAUUGGGAAACAUACAAACGUGUAUGUGGGUGGAGACUGUGACAAGGUGCAGAAGCUUUUAAUGCCCAUGCGAUCAGCUUUUCCUGGGAAGAUAAUCAGCAGGUGUGACCUUCUGGACCCCAGCAUGUCUACAAGCAACUCCCACAUGAUGGAGGCAUUUGACUACCUUGUCAGCCUUGAAAGCGAUUUUUUCAUGACCAACAAAAGAAGCAGCAUAGUUGUCCUGCUUCGCGGGCAUAGGUUUUACAUGGGAGCACAAAAGGUAAGAUGGCGCUAGUGAAGCCAACUCUUUUGCAGCACUUCAAUUUAAAGCUGAAUGACUACGUAUGUACAGGAAACCUACCAACCCUAUGUGCCCGCACUCCUACCAGUGCUAGCAGUGGGGGUAGCUGGACAAGAAGCGUUGAGAAAGAGAGUGCAUGAGCACAGGAAACAAGUGGCUGAGCUUCCAUUGGUUGCCAAUAGGUGGCACUUCUAUGACAGGCCUUGGGAGUGUGUAUGCCACUAAGCUGUUUCUUGCAAUUAGAGGUCCACGUAUAAGCUGUGGGGCUUGUAAUGUCAGGACACAAAUCUCAUGCCAACUUUCUGACUGACUUGAGCAGCUGGUUCUGUGUGGGUUUUGGUGGCUGGGAAGUUGUCCCCUCGAUUG